UUAUAACUUUAUAUUUAUUCAAUUCAAUCCAAUCUAAAAGGAUCAAGAGCAGCGAAGCAAAUGCUUAUAUUUAUUUCUUAUCCUUUUGUGUGGGUUUGAUUGCCGCUUCAAUUUUGGCGGUAAAUUUGCAGGUUUGUGCGUCGAAUUGUAUUGUAUCAAAUGGGGUUUUGGUAAUCGAUUAUGUGAAGCACUGAAUCAGCAAUGGUAGUUGAAGCUCAAAUCAUCAAGCCUAUCAGCAAAGGCAUCGUUCACAGAAUCUGCGCCGGUCAAGUAAUCCUCGACCUCUCUUCCGCCGUCAAGGAACUCGUCGAAAACAGCUUGGACGCCGGCGCCACCAGCAUCGAAAUCUCCCUCAAGGACUUCGGCGAACAAUGGUUUCAGGUCAUCGACAACGGUUGCGGCAUUUCCCCCAACAAUUUCAAGGUUCUUGCGCUGAAGCAUCACACAUCAAAGUUAGCGGAGUUUCACGAUCUUCAGUCUCUGACCACUUUCGGCUUCCGAGGGGAGGCUUUGAGUUCGCUUUGCGCUUUGGGGAACUUGACCGUUGAAACGAGAACGGUGAGCGAACCGGUCGCUACGCACUUGACUUUCGACAAUUCCGGUGUUCUUGUGGCGGAAAGGAAAACUGCACGGCAAAUUGGUACCACUGUUAUGGUUAAAAAGUUGUUCUUCAAUUUGCCUGUUCGAAGCAAAGAGUUUAGUCGUAACAUACGUAGGGAAUAUGGCAAGUUGGUUUCUCUGUUGAAUGCUUAUGCCCUUAUAGCGAAAGGUGUUCGUUUUGUGUGCACUAACACGACUGGCAAAAAUGUGAGGUCUGUGGUUCUUAAGACGCAAGGAAGUGGUUCGCUAAAGGAUAAUGUCAUAACGGUUCUUGGCAUGAACACUUUCAGCUGCUUAGAGCCUGUGACAUUGUCUAUAUCUGAUUCUUGCAAAGUUGAAGGUUUUCUUUCCAAGUCUGGACAGGGUAAUGGACGUAAUUUGGGGGAUAGACAGUAUUUUUUUGUGAAUGGUAGACCGGUCGAUAUGCCUAAAGUUAGCAAACUUGUGAAUGAGUUGUAUAAAAGUGCAAACUCCAAACAGUAUCCCAUUGCUGUUUUGAAUUUUACGGUUCCUACAAGGGCGUAUGAUGUCAAUGUGACUCCUGAUAAGAGAAAGAUAUUUUUUUCUGAAGAAACUGCUAUAUUGCAAGCCCUGAGAGAGGGAUUACAGCAGAUUUAUUCUGCUAGCAAUAUCUGCUACUCUGUUAAUGAAGUUAUGCUGCCUGCUCAAAAAGAAGAGUGUCUUGAGUUGUGUUCAUCUCAUGGGAAGUCUCCUGUGAUAAUGAAGCUUCCAUUCUUGAAUGGCAGCCCUCCACAGGAAGAGGAUUGUACUGAAUGCAACAGUGGUAGUGUUUCUCCAGAAAAGCUUAGUUCUGAGUGCAACAACGAUAGAAUUUCUCAGGAUGAGCACAAGGAGAAACUUGUUACUGAUUUAAAAAAUGCUUCUGAAUCUAUUAAUGAAUAUCAGUACUCACGAGUUGAAGAAGGAUUGAAUUGUGAGAACAAUGGGUGUUUAACGAACCAAGGGUUCACACUCAGAGCGCACAGCUCUUCAAAGGAUAACAAGAGUGGAAGACAGUCAGCACGUCCCGGUAGUGUUAUGCAUGAUCAAGCUACCCUUGUCUCAAGAACAGUUGAGAAUGGGAGCACUUCUAGUAAAGAUUUAUUUAAUCAUUCAAGACAUGUUCAGUCCACUCUUAACAAUUUUGUUUCUGUAAAUAAAAGAAAUCGUGAUGGUGUCCAUAGAACCUUAUCUGAAGUGCCAGUCCUUAGAAAUCAAGCUCCUCAAUGUCAAUUGAAGACUGCAAAUACUGAAAAACACGACUUGAUUACAAGAUCAUCAUCACUUUGUUUUGACCAAAUUGAUGAACCUUCUAGGGUGAAUGAGAUUGAAUCUUUGAAGCAACUUAGUCCUGAUAACGUCUUUCACAGAAAUGAAAAUUCAGAUUCUUUUAGAGUUGACUCCUCUGACGGAGAUCCUAAAUCUAAAAUGGGAUUAGAUCUAAAGAAUAAUACACCUCUGGUCGAUACAGCAUCAAUUCCUUCUUCUAGCAAUGAUUUGAUCACUACAGAUGUUUUGGCCUCAGACCCUACAUUACAUUCAUCGCCUGUAUGGUUAGAUUCUUCUAAGCCUUCUGGUCUGAAGAUAUGCUCCAACAUGCAAUUUUCUUUUCAAGAUCUUAAGAAAAGGAGAGACAAGAGACUUUCUCUAUUGCAAUCCAGUAAAUAUGGAUGUGGAAAAGCUAAAGUCAAAAGUCGCUAUUCGGCUGCAACUUUGCAGCUUCCACAGACAGAAGCUGGAGAUCAGAAAGAAAGGGUGUUGGCAGCAGCAGCUACGGAACUUGAAAGGUUUUUCAAGAAGGAAGACUUUAGCAGAAUGAAGGUGAUUGGGCAAUUCAAUCUUGGAUUUAUCAUUGGUAAAUUGGAUAAAGAUUUAUUCAUCGUGGAUCAGCAUGCUGCGGAUGAGAAGUAUAAUUUUGAGCGCCUAUCACAAUCAACCAUCUUGAACCAACAACCUCUUCUUAGGCCUAUAAAACUGGAGUUAUCCCCUGAAGAAGAGAUAGUUGCUUCAAUGCACUUGGACAUAAUCAGGAAGAAUGGAUUUACUUUGGAAGAGGAUCCAAAUGCACCACCUGGAUGCCGUUUUAAAUUAAAGUCUGUCCCAUUCAGUAAAAACAUUAUGUUUGGAAUUGAAGAUGUUAAGGAGCUGAUCUCUACCCUGUCUGAUGGUGAUGGUCAUGUGGAAUGUUCCCUCGUUGGUAGCUAUAAACUGGACACCUCAGAUUCUCUUUGCCCUUCAAGAGUUCGAGCAAUGUUGGCAUCGCGUGCAUGUCGAUCAUCAAUUAUGGUUGGUGAUGCACUUGGAAGAAAUGAAAUGCAGAAGAUACUUGAUCAUAUGGCUGAGCUGAAAUCCCCAUGGAAUUGUCCCCAUGGCAGACCAACCAUGCGCCAUUUAGUUGACUUGACAAAAAUUCAAAAGAGCUCUGAAAGUACAAUGCUGAUGUAAUUAAUAAUGGACUUUUAACCCUAAUCGCCAUUGUUAUAUUAGAUGUUGAGGGAAUUAUGUAACUUAUUUUGUACAAUACCUGUAAAAAUAUUUGUUCUCAAAUGUUACUGUAAAUUUCACUAGCGUGGAUAUCUUGAGUGUUACAUAAGCAUUUGUGAUGUGCUGAACAUAUUGGACAGUACUUUACUUUGCAAAUGGUCUCUGUAAAAUGCUAUAGCUGCAUAACUUUUGAGCCUUCAUUUGA